AUGACAUUCCUCACCGGACGAGAGUUGGCAUGGGCCAUCACGGCCACUGCUGGCAGUGGUUUCCUGCUUUUUGGCUAUGAUCAGGGUGUGAUGUCAGGUCUUCUGACUGGUGAUGCCUUUGUUGCAAGGUUCCCUGAGAUCAAUACAACUAAGACUGGACAUGGUAGCUCUGCGCUACAAGGGACAGUCGUUGCUAUCUAUGAAAUAGGUUGCUUCCUAGGUGCUAUAAUCUCCUUGUUUGUCGGCGAAAUGCUUGGUCGACGCAAGUGUAUCAUGGCUGGAUGUGCUAUUCUCAGCAUUGGCGCUGCUUUGCAAUGUAGUGCAUAUGGAAUCCCCCAACUGAUUGUCGGUCGUGUCGUCGCUGGAGUUGGCAAUGGUCUCAACACAAGCACAAUCCCUGUCUGGCACUCGGAGUUGAGUAAAGCAGCGAGCCGUGGCAAAGGACUGGCUAUUGAAUUGGCUAUCAACAUCUUUGGUGUCAUGCUCUCGUACUGGGUCGACUACGGUUUCUCGUAUAACUCUAGCGAGGCACAGUUCCGCGUUCCCAUUGCAAUCCAGAUUGCUUUCGCUGUCCUUACAUUUAUCGGUGUUGUCUUCCUUCCGGAAUCUCCUCGAUGGCUCAUUAAACAUGGAAAAGAAGAUGAGGCUCGCCACAUUAUUUGGUCCCUGCAGGACAACGCACGCGAAAUUGAUGAACACGAUACCGUCGUCAGUGUUGAUGUCAGAGAUAUCUCACAAGCUAUCCGCGAAGAAACUGAGGCUUCAGCCGAAGGGUCUUUCAAGUUGCUCUUCAAGGAUGGUCCGCAACGUUUCUUUACACGAACUCUUCUGGGUAUGGGUGGACAGAUGAUGCAGCAGGUAUCGGGCAUCAACCUUAUCACUUAUUACGCAACCGUCAUCUUUGAGGAGUCCGUAGGAAUGGACCACAACACCGCCCUCCUCUUGGCAGGUUUCAACGUACCCAUCUGGGUCAUUGACCGUCUUGGUCGUCGCAAACUCAUGAUGUUUGCCGUCAUUGGGCAGGGAUGCUGCAUGGCUAUUUUGGCUGGUACUGUCUGGGAUGGAACCCAUUCCUCUGGUUUGGUGGCCACGGUUAUGCUGUUUAUGUUCAAUUUCUUCUUUGCAGUCGGUCUUCUAGCCAUUCCUUGGCUCUUGCCUGCGGAAUACGCACCCCUUGCCAUCCGAACCCGCUCGGCAUCCUUGGCCACUGCUACCAACUGGAUCUUUACUUUCCUGGUUGUGGAAAUCACCCCCGUCUCAAUUUCAAACAUAGGUUAUCGGACCUAUAUCUACUUUGCCGUUUUCAACUUCUGCUUCUUUCCUUUGAUCUACUUCUUCUACCCCGAAACACGACACCUCACACUGGAGCAGAUCGACCACCUCUUCACUGGCGAAAAGGUCAAGCUUUACUGGCAAUCUUCUAUGGGAGUGGCCGGAGAUGCAGAGACGCGCAUUGCUCACGAGAAAGAUGCCGUUCCUCACGGUAAAGAUCCCGAAAGCGUAGGGGCCCAGCAUUUUGAAUAG